AUGUUUUUUUUUGCCACAGGGAUCGAAGAAUGUCUCGCUGACGGUGACCCAUUGAGCUGCCCCGUCUGCUCAUCCGAGUGGCCGCAAGUUCCAUCUGGGACGGCUCCUCUUGAAGACAUAGGCUCAACCAUCGGAUCGGCAACUGCAACCCUCAUUGACCUCACCACAACCGCUAUCGCAGCCUCAUCUACUACCACAGUGACGACGAUUGCGGACAUCAUCUCACCGGAUAGGCCGAGCGAAUGUACGAAUUUACCCUCUGCGUCACAGGGGCCGGUAAUCAUUUGGUCCCAUCCAGAGUGUAUUCGGCCAGACGUUUUAAAAACUACCGCAUCGCCUUUGCCAGAAGCUAUGCCGGCUGCCGAUUCCUUACCUGUCAUGGCGGAUUUGGACAACUCGUCAUCGGUCUCUGACUGCCGGACAUACGCUCUAAAAGCUAGCGUUGAUUUCGAAUCCAUCUCCUGUUUGCCUCCGGCUUCUUGUGUAUCCCAAGCAUGUGGCCCUGAGUCGACCUCUUCUGGUUGGUACCCCCUUUUGUUCAGGCCCGGCAGACAGUUUUUGGAGUCAACCAGCUUGCAGACUAUCCGCAUCUCGGACGCUUCAACGCCUCUGUAUCAGCGACAGGCUGACCAAUACCACGCAACAAGUGGGCGGUGCCAAGAGGGUGUCUUUGAAAAGUGGUCAAAACACGCCAGCGAUCUUCUGGACGAAAGCGAAUCAUGUCAGGAGAACAGGCCUCUCUUUUUUGGGCCUUCCAAAUCUCAACUAUCUCCCAAGCUCUCUCUUGCCAGCUAUGCUCUGCCCGUCAAAUGUGUGGCUGAUACUCAUAAUUCGGUCCUACAAGGCACCUUCAAAUCAUUGCCAAAUUUUACGGCCUAUUCAGACACUCUUAGGCCUGGCUCCAACAAGUCAGACAACUUCAUUUCUCCAGGGCAGAGAGAUGAAGAAAGUCCUCUCUCUGACUCGCAACCUCUCUUCACCGUAUCUAGAACUACAAGAAAUCAGACGCUUUUGAAUAGUUGUAUGAGUGAUGAACAGCGAAUUGACAAUAUUGAAGCCCUGAUCGUGCCUCACGAGCCAAUUGGCCGCCAAUUACCAUUUAAGAGCCCUCAGAACGAGUCGGCAAUUAAACAAUGUGGUAUACCAGAGGCGAUUGAUGAGACGUCAGAAUCCUACCCGGUCACCGUCGCCACCAAAGGCAGCACCACUACAGCUACCAACUCUGCCCCCAGUGCCCACCUGCUCCUCCAGAUGGCAAGGGGUUCAGGCCUAGCACUAGUGGAGGCACCGCCUGGUAGUUUUACCGCUACAGACUGCUGUAUCGAGCACAGUUCAUGGAAAGAGGCAUUCUCAAUCGAGGAUCUUCGAGAACUGAUGGCUCGUGAGGACACGAUCCUCUUCAUACUACCCUGUGUGGUCGGCACAACAUCGGGCUGUCUUUUUUGCCGAACCUUGAUCGUAAGUUGGAAAAAAUUAGUUAGCCCUGCAUGGAGAAACGUAUCUGGCAGCUGA